GUAUGGCGGCUAGUCAAAACAUUUAAUGAAUAAUGUUAUAAAAUUGUUUAACAAAAGAAUACACAUCAAAGAGUGUUCUUUGUAAAUUGAAUGCUUUGGGUACACGCAUACCGGACUCAUUAUAGAGAUAUCUUUUCAACAAACAACAAAAUAUGCAUGUCGGGAGAACAUUACGUCGAAGACAUUAGCAGAUAGGCCUACUGAAGGAAUGUAAAUUUGCAGAUCGUUACUGUUUUUAUCUGAAACAUGUUUUGUUUCGAAUCAACAUAAGGACAACAAAUAUAUACAGACUCUAACUGUAAUAAUGUCGCUGACAGCCAGGAUGCCGACUCGGCACGAACGUGAGAUGCUAAUGGGGAAUCUCACCCCACAUUACACGGGAUUCACCCCCCGCCCCAUCGAGCAGCUGUCCAGAAGGAAGAAACCAACAUCAUCGCUGGACAUCGAGUUACAGCACAGGUUACGGAUCGACAUGGAUGAAUGCACACACAGGAACCCGUCAAUUCAGUAUCGACUGUGGCUGGAGGCAGGCAAGCACAGCCCUCCGUUUCCUGAGAAACCCGAUCCGUGUUAUAACAGCAAUGUUUGGAGAAACUUCCGCCGUCAGUUCGGUUUCACCACGAGUGCAGUGGGACAGAAAAUACCGAAUGUGAUUGCGGCAAUGUAUCCGCUGAACAUACCAAAACCGUCCAAAGUUGGGAACGAGACAUUUGUGAAAUAUAUUCAAGAAUCGAAACUGUUUGAAAAUGAGAAAUUUAAGAAACUGGCAGUUCAACGAACAAGGACAGAUUUGGCGGAGUUUAGGAGACUGAAAAUUCAGAGCGAGGCAAGGAAUCCGCCUAUAGAUCAGGAUGGAAGAAUUCUACCUCCAGAGAAUUUCAAGAAAUACGCAGACCGGUUCGUCAUUCCCCCACUGGUGACCUCGCCCUCCCCAUCCCCACGCCUGCAGGACCUUACAGACAACUCUCUGGAGCACCGGUCGAGUUCCAUCUCGAAGCCGCCGCUGUGGAAGCUGACAUUUGCGCUGAACCACCCGCGGUACGACGAGCUGAGGAAGGAGAUUGAGAAGAGGCAGAUGAAGGUGCAGCGGAGUGACUCGCACACAAGAGUUAUCCCCACACCCAACUCGUCACACGGAGACUGAGCGGCGCCCUCUGGGGCCAGAUUCACACAGCUGUCUGAAAGAGAUUGUCCUGAGUUGGCUGCCAUUGUAAAAUGUUUCCGACUAAAAAUAAUCUUUAAAUGGCCCAUGAAGUGGUGACAGUGGGUUUCCUCUCUCAAUAUCUGUGUGGUCCUUAACCAUAUGUCUGACACCAUAUAACCGUAAAUACAAUGUGUUAAGUGAGUCAUUAAAUAAAACAUUUCUUUCUUUCUUUUAAUGGCUUAAAUGAGACCUACGUACUAAAUCAGGGAGCAUUUUGUUUUCAAAAUGUUGAUUAUUGAUAUUUGUUUUAAAAUUGUGUAGUGAUCUCUGAAACUUGUGUUGCAAAUCGCAAUGAAAUACUAACAAAAAUUUCCCCUGUAAAUAGAUCUACUUAAGACAGUCAGUCACAGCUGGCCUCAACGUGUAGUCAACAAGCAAACAAAACGAAGACAUACUAAAUUUGGUUUCUUAUUUAGAAUAUCAGUUAUUGAAUUUUUUUACUCUUCAUCCUAAAGAUUGUAAGUAUCCCAAAAAAAAAAUAAAAAAAAAAAAUAAAAUGCAAUGUGUCCCAGUACAAACUCUAGCACAAUCAGAAAUGCAGUUGAUAUACAGCCACUGAUAUUUUAUACAGAAAAAUUUAUUUAAUAUGCAAUUUCAGUCAAUAAAACGUCUCUGUUAGUCGGCAAAAUCUUAAUUAACAAUGGCAACGAACUCAGGACUGUCCCGUAUGUGCUCUUUUAAGCACCAUCACAUCGUUAUUGCAAGUAUUUCUACAUUGAACUGCGAGAUCACAAAGUUACGAGAGAUUAGUGAAUUAGGCCCCACUUGUCACCGGCAGUUUUAAACUUAACGAAUGGUGGAGAAAAGAGGCCAAAUGCUUGCAUACAGUUUGACUGGUACCAUUGUCUUCUAUCUCAUCACGUUCAUCCAAUGUCAGGCAAAAAACCCAGUCUGGCGAGUGACUGUGAUUGCUCAUCCUUCUGAACCUAGGAUGUGCUGAGAAGAAAAUUGCUUUUAACUAUAGUGAAGAUAAGAAUAAACUAAAAGACAAAAUGUGUUUUAUCUAUAGUGUUAAAACAUACUGGCUGCAUCGUAUUAUCACAAAUGAGCUUUAACUUGAAGACAAAAUGUUUUUAACAGCCUUAUUGCACAUGGGUGUUGUGGUAUUGUCAACAAAUGAGAUUAAACUUCAAGACAAAA